AGGUUACUUUUGGCCUGUUGGCCCUGCUCUUCGUCUUCUCUGCUAGAGCUGAGGAGAUGGUAAGACACACACACACACUUGCAUUAUGCACCUCUCUGAUACUAAUUAUUGUUAUAAUGAAGAAUGUAAAAUGGUGAGUUUUGUUUCUUUUCCAUGUUUGUGUUGUGUGUGGUGUUAUGGUUUAACUCACAUUCAGCUUGUUGAGGACAAGUCUGCUGAGCUGUCUGUGUCUGAACUGCUGGACAGAGCCAACAGAGGCAUUGUUCCUGAACCUGAUGAGCCCAAGCUAAUGGAUGACAUUGCUGUGGAUGAGAGAAAUGCUGAUCCCUGCACCUCUACUGGCUGCCUCUGGCCCAAAUACAGCGACGGCAACAUUUACGUACCUUACGUCAUCGCCAACCACUACUCCUCCCGUGAGCUGGAGAUCAUCAAACGUGGUCUGGACUCUUUUUCUUCUGUCUCCUGUAUCCGCUUCUUCCGCCGCAAUAAUGAGAGAGACUAUAUCAGCAUUGAGUCUCGCAGUGGAUGCUACUCGUACGUGGGUCGCCGGGGUAACGCCCAGACUGUGUCUCUGGCCCGUAAUGGCUGCCUUUACCACAAAACUGUGCAGCAUGAGCUGCUCCACGCUCUUGGCUUCAACCAUGAACAGACCCGCAGUGACCGUGACAAUCACAUCCGAAUCCUCUGGGAGAACAUCACUAAUGACAUGAAGUACAACUUCAACAAAAUCAACACUCUGAACCAGGGAACUCCCUAUGACUACAACUCUGUGAUGCAGUACCACAGAACUGCUUUCUCCAAGAACGGAUACCCCACCAUGGUUCCCAUUCCCAAUAGCAAUGCUGAGCUGGGCAAGGCUACUCAGAUGAGCCAGAAUGACAUCAUCAGGCUCAAUAAGCUCUACCAGUGCUGAGCAGUGGAAGUGCAUUCAGCACCCAGACAUGCAGCACAGAGAAAACAAUUCACUGAAGAUCCAAACUCUCACGGAUGGUGUUGACUAAUGUGCUGAACUUGCAUCAUUCUAAGCUAAAUGUAAACCAAUAUAAAUCAAAUAAAAAGAAUUUCUGCGAGUUUCUGUGAA